CACGUCUGAGUCUGUGUGGGAAUGAUUACAUCAGCCUGACGGAGCCUUAUGAUUGGUCGGUGAGCGUGUGGUUUGAUUCAGUGUGCCUCAGAGCCCGUGGCUGAGGCUGUAACCCUUCGUGAGAGACGGAGAGAGAGAGAGAGACAGAAAGAAAGGGCGGGAGGAGGUAAAGAAAGAUAGUUGUCAGACUGAGCCAGCAUUGGGAGCUCCGCACUGUACCUGCUGCCGCCUGUUUGCCUUGUGUCUGUCCAGUGAGUUGGGCCGGACUGAGUCGUGCUGUAGGGCUCACUGACAGAUCUUAGGUUCUAGAUAGAUUGAAGUGGGCUUGGUAUGUGACAGGUAGCACCGCUGUCAACUCCCUGAAUUGUCGGCCUUUUGCUUUCAUCAGAAGAGAAGGUGACAGCUGGACUUUCUGUCCAUAGUGUGUGUGCUGAUGUGUGUGUAUGAGUGGACAGACAGCCUCCCUCCAAAAAUGCCUUCAUGUUCUCCGGAUUGCUGCCUAUUGCGGGCCGUGGAGAUUGUUAAAAUCUUCACAGAAGACGGCAUGUGCAAAGUGGUGGAGAUCCCAGCCGAUAUGACAGCCAGGGACCUUUGCCAGCUCCUGAUCUAUAAAAGCCAUUGUGUGGACGACAACAGUUGGUCACUUGUUGAGCACCACCCGCUGCUGGGGUUAGAACGCUGUCUGGAGGACCAUGAGUUGGUGGUUCAGGUUCAGGCUUCCAUGAGCAGCGACGGUAAAUUCCUCUUCAGGAAGAACUAUGCCAAAUAUGAAUUCUUCAGAGUUCCUCAGACAUUUUUCCCUGAGCACAUGGUUGCAUGGUGCCAGGAAACCAGUCGUCCGAUCCCACCAUCGCAGCUCCUGCAGAACUUCCUAGCAACCAGUAGUUGUCCUGAAAUCCAGGGUUAUCUGUAUGUGAAGGAGGUGGGCCGAAAGUCGUGGAAGAAAGUUUACAUGUUCCUGCGGCGCUCAGGACUCUACUGUUCUACAAAAGGAACCUCAAAGGAGCCCAGACAUCUCCAUUUCCUAGCAGACCUUGAAGACAGUAACAUCUUCACUGUCAUCACAGGCAAAAAGCAGCACGGUGCACCCAAAGACUACGAGUUCUGUAUCAAGCCCAACAAAUGCAGAGGGGAGUUAAAGGAUUUAAGAAUUCUGUGCGCUGAAGAUGAACAAGGCAGGACAUGUUGGAUGACCGCGUUUAGAUUGUUUAAGUACGGGAUUAUAUUGUACCAAAAUUACAAGAUUCCCCAGCAAAGAAAAACCCUGCUUUCACACUUCUCAGCACCCGUGCGAAGUGUGUCUGAGAACUCCCUCGUGGCAAUGGAUUUUUCGGGAACAAUAGGCCGGGUAAUCGACAACCCUGUGGAAGCUCAGAGCGCCGCCAUGGAGGAGGGACAUGCGUGGAGGAAGAGGAAUCAUCGAAUGAACAUCUUGGGCUCCCACAGUCCACUGCAUCACUCCUCACUAAACUCUGGUAAAUAUGAAGUCAUCCACCUCGCCCAGCUGUGGUUCCACGGCAGAAUAACCAGAGAAGAAUCCCAUCGCAUUAUCCACCAACAGGGUCAAGUAGACGGUCUGUUUCUGCUACGAGUCAGUCAGAGUAACCCGAAGGCUUUUGUGCUUACUUUGUGCCAUCACCAGAAAAUGAAACAUUUCCAGAUUCUACCGUUUGAGGAGGACGGCCAAGCCUUCUUCAGCCUUGACGACGGUGCCACCAAAUUCACCGACCUGAUCCAGUUGGUGGAGUUCUAUCAGCUCAACAGAGGAGUCCUGCCUUGUAAACUCAAACACCCAUGCACCGUCGUGGCCUUAUGACACCUUCGGAUCACCUGACCCCCCCGCCCCCUUCACUUGACCUGACUCUGACCCAGAACAGAACGAAUGUUAAUAUUGGUCGAUUUUUUUUUUUAAGAAGCUGACGAAUUGACUCAUGUUUCAUUGCUGUUGUUUUUUUUUUUAUAUUGUGAAGAGUCGGCCAGAUACUGCUGAUUUAUUGGAUUCUUUUUGGGGUGCUGUGGAUGUUGUGAAGUCCAACGCACACGCCGGUCAAGACAGGGGAUGGCAGUGAACACGGCCAUUUGUGUUGUCAUUAAGCUCGGACUCACUGACCCUCCAAGGUUUUUAAUCUUGCAGACGAUGAAUUCUGGCACGGACCACUCUGCUGUCUCAGAACCGGAGUCUUGUUGGAACUUCUCUCCACUUCUUCUCCUGCGUUGAUUGUCGCUUAGUUUUGCACUCAUCCAAAUGGGCGUGGCCUUUCCAAGGGGUGCUGGACUUCUCUGUCGAUGGAUUGCUUUUUACUGUGAGAUGUACGCCACCGCCCUCUAGUGUCUGAGGCGUGUAAAGACACAACUAAACUCAAAACGCUGGCGCGUGUGAAUCCUUUGUUGAAGUAUGGAGAAGUCCCCGAAUGGUUUGAGAGGACGUGGUUUAUUGAACACUUUGGGGGGGAAACAAAUAUUUUUUUAUCAGCAGACAUUACAGAAUAUGUUUUGUCUUCAAGCGUUUUCUUUCGGAGCCACCGGUUUGCUGACUAUGUUUGACUCUUCCAGUUCCAGUUCUUCACACUGCCAUACUGUUUUUCAGAAUGAUGUAAGAAAUAAAAUUAAAUUUAUUUUUCAGUUGUGGGCAAACUAGUGAUAAUAUGUCUGGGAAUCACAUGAUACAGAAAGCCAGGUGUAAUAAUAUAUAAUAUAAUGCUGGUCAGGAGAUAAACCAAUCAGAGAUGCCUUAGAACUUGCUGGAUUCUGGAUGGUCUUGUCCACGUCGCUCUUUAACAAGGUGCUGUUAGACAACUAAAUAAAUUAGUUUGCGUUUCCUGACACACUUUAAUGUUUAGCUCAAAUAAUGUACACCAGGGUGUUUCAUCUGGCCCGAGUUCAGUUCAAAACUUGGGAGACAAACGUUGUUGCAGCAAAUUCCUAAAAAAGCUAAAGUGCUCCUGUUGUAUAGAAGGACUUGGACCACUGUAAACACAUUGGCAGAUUCUUGCAUUCAUUUUUUAACCUUAAACUUUUGAUUUGCAUAACUGAGGCGUUCUUCAAGGCACCCCUAGAAGUCCUCUCCUCUUUGGCAGUUACACUUGGUUUCCCAUAUUGUGAUUUACAGUCAGUAAGGUGUUGCUGCAGCUUGUUUACUUCAGAUACAAUCAGAUGUUAUUUGUCCAACCUCUUUAGAUAUACAAGUAAUGUUCCUCAAGGUUCCAUUUUAGGUCUUUUUUUUUUCACCCACAUGGGCUGCAAAUUCAACUCAAAAAAAUGUUUGCAGCAGAUGUUAAAAAUGCAGUCGUAGAUGAUAUUUGUCUAGCUUUUUUUUUUGCAGAAGGUCCUUUAAAAACAGCAGAAUGCUCCUUUAACUCUGACAAAAUAAAUACACCAGAAUCAAAUGUCAACUGUAGGCAACGUUGGGUCUCCAGUCUCUGGAAUAUACAAAAUAAGUAGUGAAGGGAAGAGUCUGGCCCCCCGGUCCUUAGCUUUCUGGAAAUGUGGCCCUCGAAACAAUUUAGUUCAAUAUUCCUGGUGUACCCCCUUUGUCUAUUGGACACACAACCUGCGAAAUGAACAUGAUACAUCUAUUUUGUGGUCGUUUUCAGUCAUAAUUACACUUUGGAGGUCAUUUAGGAUGCUGGGGUUUCAACUCAAAAGUGUCCCUAAUAAUGUUGUCCCAUGCCCAAUUGUUUACUAUUAAUAUGGUACACAAAGAAACAGAGAAUAAAAUGCCAAGUGGAUCACUUCAUCUUAGCUGGCAUUACCAGUGUAGAAAUAUGAUAUACUAAAAUGUGACAUGCCAACAGUCCUAAUUUAUGUAAAUGUUAUGGUCAAAAUAUUAGGAACAGGUCUCAGUACCAGACGGAUGUAUCUGAAAAUGUGUGUUUAAACAGGAUUACUUGGAAAUAUUUGGAUUGAUUCCCAGGGGAUGGGACAAAUGCAGAGGACAAAUUUCACCACAUCUAGUGUGUGUGUGACAAUCAUUGGUACUUUAAUCUUAAUCUUAAUUAUGUUUAUUUUGCCAAGUCUUUAUUAAUUAGUGAAGGAAGCCUCAGUGGCCUUUAGAUAAGGUGGGGAAUUUGGUUCUGUUUGUUUUGUUUUUUCAACACGGACGUCUCCACUUCUAGAAAGUAGAUAUAAAAAAAUGUUUGAUAUUUUUUGCAAUUUUUGCUAAUUUGUGUUCACCUUUAACAUUAACCGUCCCAUUUAUUUUAAUGCAAUAGCCCCUCUUUUGUCACAUAAACAGUUUUUGAUUUGUUUAGGUGUCUCCUGGAAUGCAAAUUUAACAGCCACCUCUUGAUUUAGCAGCAGGUUGUCUUAUUGAGCAAAUGCGAUGCAGUAUAGCCACACUACAUUGACACUGUGUAUGGUCACCAUUAUUUAUCUAAAAUGCAAUGAGUUUUUCAUCAGUACUGUUUCAUCAAAAAUGUUUGUAUUUAUCUGGAUGUGACUACUUGAAAAUCUUAUUAUUUUUGUUUUCGUCAGCGCUGUUCUGUACUGUUAUUUUUAUGUCAAUACCACAAAAUGAUUGACCAGUCUGAGUUAUUCUCAUGAUUAUUGCAGUGAGAUUGCAUCUAUUGAUUAUUAUAUCAUAUCUUUAUUGUUUUAAUGAAGCCUUGAAAAUGGGAAAAACUUACAUGAAAUGACAAGAAGAAAAAAAAAAAAAAGCACAGCGAUUCAUGUUUGUCAUUUGAGUGUGGAACAUCACAUAUUGUUUAUUUAAUACAUUGAAUAUAUGCUUAUUUUUCUUAGAUGUACAAACAAAGAACUUUUAAUGCUAAGAGGCCUCCUUUUUUGAGUUUGAGUUUAUUUUUAUUUCGAACAUGCAAGCAUACAACAUGAUACAUCAAAGGUCGUAUAUUUUUUGUUCUUAGUGUUGACGCCUGACCGUAUGUUGGGGAAAGCAGGAAGGAUGUUUUUCGAGCACUUUGUGGAUGUGAGUGUAAAAUAGCCUACAGUCACCAUUCUGUGGUGAAGAGUGUUUUUCCAACAUGACAUAUUCCAGGAUGUUGCUUUUGUGGCUCAAUGGUCGGACACACAAAACUAUUUGGAGAACGUUUUUAUAACCGUAGAUUCUGCAGCUGAGAGGCUUCAGAAUGAUUAGACCAGGGGUGUCAAACUCAUUUUCAUUGAGGGCCACAUCGCAGUAAUGGCUGCUUUCAGAGGGCCGCGUUUUUAAAAUGAAUUUACAUUAUGCAUGCGGGUAAUAACCUGCGAUUAAUCAUGAUUCAUCGAAAUGCAUAUGCAUUUGAUUAUUACAGUAUAUAUUUUUUUAUGUAUAACUUGGUUUAAAACCAUAAAUAAAGGUGACAAGCAGAUAUUUAACUAUUUGUUUUUAUCACACAAAAUAGUUUUGCAAUACAGUACCGUAUUUUUCGGACUAUAAGUAGCAGUUUUUUUUCAUAGUUUGCCGGGGGUGCAACUUAUACUCAGGAGCGACUUAUGUGUGAAAUUAUUAACACAUUACCAUAAAAUAUCAAAUAAUAUUAUUUAGCUCAUUCACGUAAGAGACUAGACGUAUAAGAUUUCAUCGGAUUUAGCGAUUAGGAGUGACAGAUUGUUUGGUAAACGUAUAGCAUGUUCUAUAUGUUAUAGUUAUUUGAAUGACUCUUACCAUAAUAUGUUACGUUAACAUACCAGGCACGUUCUCAGUUGGUUAUUUAUGCGUCAUGUAACGUACACUUAUUCAGCCUGUUGUUCACUAUUCUUUAUUUAUUUUAAAUUACCUUUCAAAUGUCUAUUCUUGGUGUUGGGUUUUAUCAAAUAAAUUUCCCCCAAAAAAUGCGACUUAUACUGCAGUGCGACUUAUAUGUUUUUUUCCUUCUUUAUUAUGCAUUUUCGGCCGGUGCGACUUAUACUCCGGAGCGACUUAUAGUCCGAAAAAUACGGUAUAUAAUAAUAUAAAUGGCAUGAUCAGAUAAUUUUAAAAUAUGCAUUUUUUCUGUCAAAAUUGAAAGAACGAAUGCAUUUAGUAAAAAAAAAAUUAAAAAAAAUUCCCAGGCUUUUGCGGGCCACAUAGAAUGGUGUGGCGGGCCAGAACUGGCCCCCGGGCCUUGAGUUUGACACCUGUGGAUUAGACAGCAAUUAGCUGCCAAGCACUCUGAUUGUCAGUUAUAGAAUCAUACUUAGAAACUAGUGUGUGUGUGUGUGUGUGUGUGUGUGUGUGUGUGUGUGUGUGUGUGUGUGUGUGUGUGUGUGUGUGUGUGUGUGUGUGUGUGUGUGUGUGUGUGCGUGUGCGUGCGUGCGUGCGUGCGUGCGUGCGUGUGUGUGUGUGUGUGCAGAGAGCUGGGUUGCAAUCACA